GCGGCUGAUGCGCGAGCGGAUCCAGCUCUCCAAGGACAUCCUGGACCAGGAACUCGAGGAGCUCACGGCCCAGCUCUUUGACCAAGCCAACAAAAUGGUCAUCGACGAGGCCCGCAUGCGAGACAAUCUCGAGAAUGCCAACAAGGAGCUUCGGUGCGAGCUCAAGGACUGGAUCCGUCGCUUCGAGACCCGCGGCGAGGAACUCAAGGACCUCCAGCGGUCGCUGCGAGCGCUGCAAGCAGCCAAGGCUCGCUCGGCGAGCAUCACGGCGCUGUCGCCAGGGACGUCCGUCGCCAAUCUCGACCAGCUUUCUGGAAGCAAAAUCUAUCGCAUGGCAUACGGACAGCUCCCCGUCGACGGCUAUAUCUUUAUAGAGUUCCAGGACCACAUCAAGCAGACCGCCUUGGCCUCGAGCCUGCCUCCGUCGCAGGCCCAGGCAACCACCCAGAGUACUCUGUUUAUGCGCCGAUGCAUGGUCGAGGACAUCGAGCCCUGUCUCUUCUACAACUACCAGCACCCUCAGUUUGCUGGCAUGAACUUGACGCUCUUCUUCAAGCCCGGGGCGGGUAUGAGCAGCGCCUUCAAGCGCAAGCUGCUCGACGGCACCAUGCGAGGGUCGCUGCUGUUCACGCCCUUCUAUUCCUCCACCGAGAGCCUGCCAGCCGCCGAUCCGAUCGAAAGGCUCGACCAAGACCGGCGCAUCUCGACCGUCUUUGCAGCCGGCCCGCCCCCCAAGACCCGAUGCACGAUCUGCACCGUGGUGCGCGACUGCGAGUACCGCAUGAGGUUCUCGAGCGAGGUCGGGGCCAGUCCGACCGGAGGACCUUCUUCCUCAGCAGCCACAAUCGAGUGGAUGUCGCUGUGCCGGUUUUGCCGCGAGCGAGUCAUUGCUGUCACCGACUUUUUCACCUACAUCAACCACCUGCGGCAAGGCGCCAUCGGUCCGGGCAAACAGGGUGCAUCGUUGCUCGGAAUCUAUCGCCAUGUACUCUAUCUGCGGCGACGCAUGGCCAGCACCCGCAUCGGCAGCGGCGCCAUGUUUGAGGUCGACCCGGCAACGAACCCGGAUUGGGAGAAGAUGAUCCAGAUCCUAAACUAGAAGAUGGUUGAGGGGAGGGGCGGAUGCUGGCCCCAAAGACACAGCGACGGUUUGAGGCAGAGGCCCAAUGCACCCUCGCACUUGCACCCCCCCCCAUCCCAAACAAGAAUAACUGUAUGAUGUCAAAAAACAACGUGGGCUGGAUGCAGGAAUGUCCGCGGGGGCGUGGUCGUUCCAGCGCAAUCUACAGCUUGUUCAAAACGAAACAGG